CUGUUCCUUCAACGCCAAAGUUGCAUUUUCACAGAGAACGAAGAAGAAGAAGAAAGGAAAAUGGAAAAGAGAGCGCGCCUGAGAGUCCAAAAGAGGAAACCCAUCAAACGCAGAGGAACGAAAGUGUUUCUUAAAAAGGUUUUGGAUUAUCUUAAGUCUGAUACUUUCAUGUAUGCCCCUCUCCUCUCAUCUCUACCCUGUCAUGCUUUCGACGCCUUCCCUUCUUCCCCUGCUAAAGAGUUGGAAUUUCAAAAAGCUGAAAAAGAGCGGCGGUGUUUUGGGAAACAAGUUGGGAAGUAUCUCAAAUCUGAUGAUUAUAUGUAUGAUCCUCUGCUUCAUCUUCCCCAUUCAUCUAAAGAACCUUUGCAUGACUAUGGAAUGAAAAGAAUGGAUGAUUCAACUAGAAGGUUGACAAUGAAAGUUAAUCAACAAACUGAUCAUCUAGGAAAUGCAAACCAAAGUUCCGAAAGUCCUGUUCCUCAAACAGACAUCUCUGAUCAGCAUAAACACACAGAAACUGUGAAGCAUACUGUGUACCAAUUUUGUCGCUCAACUGCUGCUCCAAGUAAAAGUUUUUGCUUCGUAAAACGCAUUACUUUACUACUUUAGCUGCGCUAAUUCAUUAAUUGUGUUAGUUCAUGUUGUCAAUUGUUGCCUUGCCAGAAAUGAGACUCAAUUUAUUGCAGGGCAUUAUAGGACUUAUAGUAGAUUUAUUGGCCUUUUGAUGGAGGAUGAGGAAAUUUACCGUUUUGAUCAGGAUUGUCCAACUCUCAAGUUAAUUAGUCGACCACUUUACAAUUUUAAGUAGAGAAUUCAAGUUAACUUGCUUCCAAACUCAUUUAUAAGUAAACUCAACCAGACUAAUUCAAGGAAUUCACAUGAAAUUCUCAAGUUUGCAAGUUUGUCAAAUUUAUUUCUGUCCCAACGAUCCAAAAUGACAGUGUUUUAUGGGAGCAUAUCUUCUCUGAAAAAAGAAAAACUUGACAUAAUCGAAUGUUAAAUCUCACCGUUGAUCUUUUAAAAUAGAAUAAUAUUGUAUCUAUAAAAAGGUAUUGAAGGGCUAGAAUCUCAUAUAACAUAAAGUCAUGGCAGAGAAAUGAGAGAAUCCAUUCUCUGUUUUAUUCUGCCAUGCACCCUUUCGAAAGGCAAGAGUAAACAUAUUUACCAAGGCUCUAAUCAAUUGGCCAAGAGAUCCUUUCCAUUAUUCAUUUUCUGCAGACCAAUUGGUGAUCAGUUGUAGAAUAAGUUUUGUUUCCUUUUUUUGCGUCUUAAUUAUGAUUCUGUCAGAUAUUUACCAAUUUACCUUAUGUUUGAAUACUAUCUCUGUUUUUUGAAUAUUGUUUUUAUAUAUAACAAACUCUUAUGAAGUUACAUGUAAAUGAAACCUUCAUGAUUUUACUUAUAAUCUUGAGUUUGACAACCUAGAUUUUGUUGGUUAUUAUGGUGUGACAAGCUGACUUAGCAUAAGGAAUUCUAAUGCAUAUUUUAUUAAGAAUGAUUUUGGACAGUUAUAACUCUACUUAUAUGUAUGGUGCAGGGAUUGUUACCCGGAACUCCCAGCUGAGAGCUCAUGGUUGAUUGGAACUUUGGAUAUACCAGUAAACAUAGAAGAUUAUAACCUAUACAGGGUGUUCUUUUAGGUGUACACACUAUAUGUGUUAUGUAGAAUUUUAUCAAUUAUUAUCGUCUUCGUUUUUUGAUAGAAUAUGCAAAUGUCAUUUAUGACAUGCAGUUUUCAUGUAAGGUUUUGAGUUUUUUCAAUGGUAGUUUGAACUUCCUUAUCAUAUUGGUGUUGGGUUUGUCCAUCAUCAAGAUUGUCAUUGAGGACUGUAUUUUGUUUAAACUUUUCUUUGGCAAACACAAAAUUCUAAAUGAUCGUUAUACCUA